GAAAUCGCUCUCGUUUCAGUCCUAGAUAACAAGUUCACGAGGUUGUGACUAGGGUUACUGCUCGGGAAAUAUGGCGGAUAAACCAAACCUUACAGAGGUUUCCUCGUUUGAUUCUUCCAAACUGAAACAUGUCAAGACUGAAGAGAAGAAUACUCUGCCUUCGAACGAAACACUGAAACAAGAGCUUCAGCCAGACGAAUUUCCUGAUCGCUCUGAAAUAAAGAAUUUUGAUCCGUCAAAAUUGAAGAAAACUCGCACGGAGGAAAAGAACCCACUGCCAUCGAAAACGACGAUCGAGGACGAGCAAAGAACUGCGCCAUUCUCUGGCGUGGAAGUUUUCAACAAGGACUUGCUAAAACAUGUGGAGACAACGGAGAAAAAACCUCCUCUUCCGACGCCACAAGAACUUCGUGAAGAAAUGCGACCUGACAAACUACCAGAUGUAUCUGAAGUUGCCAAAUUUGAUGCGACCAAACUAAAACAUGUUGAAACCAAGGAAAGCAAUGUUCUUCCUACCAAAGAUGUUAUUGCCGAGGAAGCUAUUGACUCCCGAGCCGAGGUGAAGAAAUUUGACAAAACUAGUCUCAAACAUGUCGAGACAGAAGAAAAGACAACUCUUCCUACUGCACAAGAUCUCACUGCAGAGAGGAUGCCGCCUCCAUCAAAACGACCUGACCGUUCAGAAGUCCUACAGUUUGAUCAAAACAAAUUGCACCAUGUGCCCACAACAGAGAAAGUUGUGCUUCCAAGUAAACAAGACAUUGAUGACGAAGCUGUAGAUUCCAGAGCAGAAGUUAAAACAUUUGACAAAAGUCAGUUGAAACAUGUUGAAACAAAAGAAGAGAACACUCUACCAGGAGCUGGAGACAUCAGAGCAGAAUUGAUGCCAGAUGUCCUGCCUGACCGUUCUGAAGUCACUAAGUUUGAUCAUGGAAAGCUCAAGCAUGUGGAUCCUACAGAGAAAAUAGUCCUCCCAUCAAAAGAAGAUAUCAAAGAAGAAGCCAUUGAUUCUCGAGCUGAAGUGAAAUCGUUUGACCACAGUAAACUAAAACAUGUGGAGACAAGUGAAAAAGUUUCACUACCUGGAGCGGGAGAUAUCAGAGCAGAAAUGAUGCCAGACACACUCCCUGAUCGGUCUGAAGUUGCCAAGUUUGAUCAUUCCAAACUGAAACAUGUCGAGACCCAACAAAAAGAGGUGUUACCAACAAAGUUAGUCAUCGAAGAGGAAAAGGCUGAUUCCAGAGCUGAAGUCAAGUCAUUUGACAAAUCAAAACUAAAACAUGUUGAAACAGAAGAGAAAAACCCGACACCAACAUCACAGACACUCAGAGCGGAACUUCUUCCUGAUGAGUUGCCAAACAAGGCUGCUGAAUUAAAGGAAAUUGAAGGAUUUGACCCAGCAAAAAAACUGAAGCACGUUGAAACUACAGAUAAGACGCAUCUGCCUACCAAGGAAGAAAUCAAGGAGGAGGCUGCUGAGACAAGAGCUGAAGUGAAAACCUUUGACCACAGCAAGUUGAAGCAUGUUGAGCCACAGGAGAAAAAUACACUUCCUAAACAAUCAGACAUCCAAGGAGAGAAAGCAGCAUCCUGAAGAACAACCAGCCGUAAUUCAUACCCAGCGCACCCUAGCCGGAACGUUCCGCGGGCGAACUGGGACAGUAUUGGACCUUUAUGUCGACAGGGACUUUUGUAGCUGAUCUUUUUAUAGUAGAAAUUCUGAAAGGUUCUGAAUUACCAAGUCACUUGUUCGGGCUUUAGAUGCUGAUACUAGUUAAAACCUUUUGUAUAAGAAAAAAGCAAUUUCAUAGCAGAAGAAUUAAAUUUGUAACGUAGUAUCAUUAAAUAAUAAAGGACUCAAAUGACUUA